AUGUCCAUCGUCGCUGUGCUCGGAGCUACUGGUGCCCAGGGAGGUUCCGUCGUGAACGAACUCCUGCAGGAUCCCAAGUGGAAAGUUCGUGGCAUCACUCGCAGUGUCCACAGCGAAAAGGCCAAGCAGCUCGCUCAGAAGAGAGUCGAUGUUGUUUCUGCUGAUGUCAACGAUGAGAGCAGCCUUGUCAAGGCAUUUGAAGGCGUAAUAGCCAUUUUCGCUGUCACGAUUUACUGGGACUCCGUCGCCACCCUUGGCCGCGACGGUGCUGGAGCGGAAGAAGUCGAACAGCUGAAGAACAUUGCCAAUGCCGCCUCAAAGACUCCCACUCUGAAGCACUUUGUUCUUAGUGCUUUGCCUCCGGCCGGCAAGGUUUCCAGCGGGAAGUUGAAGGUUCUUCACUUCGAUUACAAGCAGAAGGCUAUCGACUGGAUUGCUCAGAACACCCCUGAUUUGUGGUCCAAGACGACCGAGUUCUGGCCAGGGUGGUAUACGUCAAACCUAGCUUAUUCGCCCUUCAUGAAGUUCAUGCCGGUCCCUGGGUCUCAAGGCUAUGCCCUGGCCAUACCGUCUUCGCCAUCAGCCCUGCUGCCCAUUGCAGGCGAUCUGCAAACCAACUGCGGCAUUGUCGUCAGGGGCAUUCUGAACACCGGGGCCAAAGCCUACGGCAAGGUCGCCAUCUGUAUCACUGAUUACAGGCCAAUGACUGAUCUGAUUGCCGAGUUCGAGAAGCUCACGGGCAAGCCCGCAGCGUACCUUGAGAUUUCGGAUAAGGACAUGAGGAAGUUUUGGGGUGACUUUGGUGCCGAGUUCGCGUCUCAGUUGCGCUGGAGCGAGUCGUACCCCAACUGGCAUGAUCUCGUCGCGGGCAGAGUCAUUUCUAUGAGCGAGCUUGGUGUUGAGGGAAAGCUGGUAAACUUCGAACAGGCGUUGGAGGCGCUUAAGGACAAGCUCCUCUAA